AUGCGAUUUUCCUCAUUGAUCGCCCCGCUGUUCUGCGGUCUUGCCGUGGCUGGAACAUGUCCCUACGCCGAAAGGGCUGAAAAGGCACGAUCCGCAUGUCCCUAUGCCGAGAAGGCCCGCUCCGAAGACUCGAGCUCGAGCUUCGUGCCCCGUGGUAUGCCUGUCGAGGGCAAGAAGGGUGUGAUGCUGAUGAACCGCAUUGCACCGGCUGUGUCACAGCUCUACGUCUCCAAUACCGAUGGCUCAGACGCACGUCUGCUUCUCGGAAAUGAGACCACAUUCGACUACCAUGCUCAAUGGUCGCCCGACGGCGAGUGGAUUGUAUUCACCAGUGAGCGUGCCGGUGACGGACAGUCGGAUCUGUACCGCGUUCGACCUGAUGGCACUGACUUGCAGCCCAUCUCCACCACUCCCCAUGUUGAGGAUGCGGGUGCAAUCUCGCCCAAUGGUAGCCUCGUCGCCUUUGCUGGCACCCUGAACAACCACAAGAGUAACAUCUGGAUCAAGAACUUGGAGACAGGUGCCCAAUGGAAUGUUACUAACACCACCGAGAUCGCCGGCGAUUGGACUUUGCCCGAUGGUCACUUCAGACCUGCUUGGUCACCGGAUGGGAACUGGUUGCUAUUUACCUCGGAUCGCAACACACCAUGGCGAGGACACAACAAUGUCAGCGGCUGGGAACACACUCAGGAACUUUCCAUCUAUGCCGUUCGCCCCGAUGGUAGUGAUUUCCGCCUUGUUGCCAACAAGACCGGUUACUGUCUAGGAUCACCAAAGUUUUCCCCCGACGGCAGCCGUGUGGUCUUCUAUGAAAUCACCACAGAGCUCACGUACUACGCGCGUGUCUCCGAGCCCGCCUUCUACGAUGUCAACACAGCCAUUGUUUCCGUUGACUUUGCCACGGGCAAGAACCGAAUCGUGCACUCCUCGGCCGACUCUGGCGGUAUCAAGAUCUUCCCCCAAUACGUUGAUAAAAACACUAUCGGUUAUCUCGUAAAGAGUAUCCUCACCAACGAAACAUACCCCGGCUCAAUCAACUUCACCACUGCCAGCGGGAAGGGCUCAGUGGCAUCCAACUACAGCAGUACAUCACUGGUCGGCCUCUACCGCUCUCCGUCCUGGUCGCCUGACGGAAGCAAGAUGGUCUACGAGCACGUUGAGUGGAAACCCAUCCGCUCAAUCGACAAGAAGCUCUACAGUUGGAACGAGGAUUGGGAGUACCGCUUCAGCGACGUUUUCCCCAGCUUGUCCAAAGACGGCCGUGUCGCAUACACAUCGCAGCAAACCGAGAACUCCUCCCUCGUCAUCAUGAACCCCGACGGCACGGAUCAGAAAGAUAUCUUCGAUGGCUCGCGCUUCCCAAGUCUCACAAGCGCAACCAACACCAACGGCACUUUCCAAGCCUCGUGGCGAAACGACAGUGAAGUUAUCGCCAUCGGCCUAGGUGACUGGUUCGAAUACCGCUAUGAAAGCCCCGGCUGGGUCUUCCUUGUCUCGGCAAACGGUAGCUGGACCCAGAAGUUGACCAACGGCAGCACCAACGCCGGUUUCCCUACCAUCUCUCCGGAUGGACGCUGGGUCGUCUGGCGCGAGUUUGACUACAAGAGCACUGAGGUUGAGCCUCUUGGUCUGCGGCGCAUGGACCUGAAGACCGGUGAGGUUAAGGCGCUUACCUGGGAAUGGGACAAUACCCCCAUGUUCUCGAAGGAUGGCACCAACCGUCUUGUCUUCACGCGCCGUACUAGCUGGCCGAUUUCCGGACCCCUUGAUGAUAACUAUGAUGUUAUGACUAUGAAUGUUGAUGGCAGCAACUUGAAGAGAUUGACCAGCUUGGGAUGUAACGAUGCGCAUGCUGGUUGGACGGCCGGUGGCAAAAUUAACUGGGCUUCGGGCAUGUUCGGAUUCCAAGAUGAAGCUGUCGUCUAUGAUAACAACCAGCAACCGUAUCCCUUCAUCAUGCAGAUGGAUGCCGAUGGAUCCAACGUGGAGGUGCUGACUGAGAGUCGGUGGGAGGACACUAUGCCUUUGUACAUUCCGAAUGACGUCUGGGCUGCUGACAAUUAA